UUGUCAUUUGCCUUCUGCCUUCAUUUUUGAUCACAGCACACUGAGGCAGCAGUGAUGGCAUGCACGACUGCUUUGCCUCUUCAGCAAUUAAUUGCAUCAUUGGACAAUACAUGUCUGCCAAAAAUUCUACAAGUUUGCUCUGGAGUGUAUUUCCAAGGGUCUAUAUAUGAAAUUUCUGGGAGUGAAGUGUGCUUUUCUACUGGGGAUCUAAUAAAGGUCAUUGGCAUUGAGCUCCUGUCAGUUUGCUGUGAAGACAUCAGCAACAAUGACAAGUUUGAGCUGCCUAUCAACCACACAGGCAAGUUCAGGGUUGUUCCGGAGGCGAUGCCUUACAGUACAGUCGAGGAAAUGAUGAGCCUGAGGCCUGUGGGCCUGGAAUCCAGCCUUCCCUUCACUUUCACCAGCCGCUCCAAGAUGACCUUUGGCGAUUUCACACUGGGGGCCGGGAGAGCUUUGACAGUGGUCUCCAUUGAGCAGCGUGAGGGCGAGGAGGAUCAGGUGCGCUGCCGUGUUCAUGGACAACAGGACGCCUCUGCGGAAGUGUGUAUCCCAUUUUCCUCCCAAGGGGAGUUCAAGGAGUGUGAGAGCGAUGAGUGCUUCACUUUGCGGGAGAUCAUGUCCUCACCUCACCUGUGUAGUCGAAGGUUUCACUUAAUCAACACCACCAAGUGUGAACGGCCCCUUAUCCUCAGUCCAAUAUACCAGGUCCACGCCAUCAUGAACUUGAGGAAGAAUGUGUUGAAAUUUCCAUCCAGUUUAGAGGUGGAUGUGGUUGAUGUCACAGACCUGUGUAAGGAUGUGAACUUUGUGACUCCGCUCAGUCUGACAGAGGUCCUUUCCCAGCCAGCUGAAUCCUUCCCUACAGUGGUGGAGAUAUUGGAAGGCCCAGAGAGCCGCUCUCUGUUCAAGUGCAGUUGGCUGCCAGAACUUAGCCAGAGCAGUCACCUGAUUUUCCACAAGAUAGAAACCUCAGCCAUGAUUUUAUUAUCCAGCCCGAAGAGCCGAAAGGCACAGCAGUACUUCUUGGUAUCUCACCAAUAUGGUGGACGAUUUCGGAGGCGGCCAAGAGAGUUUAAUUCAGUGUACGAGCUGUACGUUGCUUCAACCCAGACACCAGGUCUGAAGGUCAGUGUAACAAGGAACUGUGAGGAAGUUGAGGAGGAGGGCCUGCCUGCCCUCAAUGUAGGGGAACAACUGGAGGUCCUUUGCUGCGAUAGGAUGGAGUUGCCUUGUGAAAGCAGCAAGGGACAGAAGGAGUCCAUCGAGGCUCUUUUGUGUCAGCGUCUCCAAGAACCAUAUGAUGAUGAUGAUGAUGAUGAUGAAGAGGAGGUGAAGCAGGAGGAUGAGAGAGAGGAGAUCUUUCUGCCUCUGUACAUGCAGGGUCACUUUGUGGAGGUACUCGCUGAUAACAAGAAGUACAGACUCAGGGACUUGGGUAAGGAGUUUAGUUUGCCGCUGGAUGUUAAAGUAGUGAGCCGUGAUACUGAACUUGAGACUGAUCCACUAUUUGGGUUUGCGUGUCUCAGGAUAGAGGGGGCUUUGUCAGAGCCCAUCAUCCAAGCAAGCUUUCCACACAGGCCAGACCACUGUUUCGAGAUCCCAACCCAGUGGCUUUCUAUGUCUGUAAGUUUUACCAAGGACCCCCUGCCAUGGCCUAGCGGUCAACCGCCAAAGUGUCAUGUGGACAGGGUUACUGAGGUGACAGACUCGUUCUUUUAUGAAUUUCGCAAACAGGAGAACUCAGAUGCAGCUCCUCCACCUCGACCACCAAAGCGAAAUCUGUCAUCUUCAAAGUCUUGCAAAAAAUCAUCAUCAAAAGUGUCGAAGAAAUCAUCCAAACAUCGAGCAAAGAAAAGCGUCCCAACCAAAGAGUUAGCCGAUUUGACUUUGAAAAGCAAAAGAAGGCCCCCAGCUCCCCCACCUCCAGCUAUCUUAGAUGAUCAACCUCCACCAGUUGUACCCCGAAAGCAUUCAGCGGCUGAAAUGGCAACAGGCAAGGCUCUGCCAAACACAUAUGUGAAAAUGGAGGAGUCUACGAAAAAAGUGCCGCUGUGUGUCAUCGAAACAGAUGUGGACAGCGACCAUGACUAUGAAACUGUGGAUGACACUUUGGUGACAAUGGUGCAGAAAGCACAAGAGAAUGUCAUGUUCUACUAAAAAUGUUACUAUUACUGCCACAGCAAAAUAUCACAUAUGAGCGGUGGGAAAUUAAUAUAAGAGUGACUAAGGAAAAUGUCAUAUUGCAGUUUUCAAGCUCUCCUACCGUGAAUCAUUUCAUGCCAAUGUACCAAGGCAUAGUCUUAUAUUGUGAGACUUAAGUCAGACCAAACCUGUCCAUGAAAUCCUAAAUAUUGUGCUGAAAAUAAACAUUAUAACAUAAGGUUAUAUAUUUCAGUUAAAUAUUAAAUUAUUCAGUUAUAAAAUCCUGACAGUAUACUACAUCCGUAAGGACCUAUGAGAUAGUAUGCAAGAAUUAUAGCAACCCAGUGGAGCUUUUGGUGACUAGUGACAGUAUAGAAAUGUUUUGAUAAAUGGGUCACCCUCUUGUUUUUAUCAUGCGAUCUACCAGCAUGCACACAAAGUGCAUGAUUUAGUUUUGUGGACACUUCAGUAAUAGCAAAUGUUUGUCCAUUUCAAAUGUUUGUUUUUUUUGGCAUUUCAUCUUUAUUGACAGUGACAGUAGAGCGAGAGAGAGGGGGUGACAUGCAGCAAAGGGCCAGACUAACACCUGGGCUGUGCGGUAAGGACUCAGACUUGAUACGUGGGUGAGCGAGCCCACACAAAUAUUUGAUGUUGAGACAGCAUCCUCAAGUGUAUUGAAAAACAAAACACCCCUGCUUCUCAUGUGGUCAGCAAAACUCUUCUUUCUUUAACCAUUCAUCUCUACGCUCAACCCUCUUCAUCCUCUUCAAGGCUUUAGGUGACUGUAGCUGUACCGCCUACAUUAUACCACCUUCAAACUAUGACUGAACAAAUACUACCCUUGUAGCAUUUAUUGUUGUAGUAUUUGUAUGAUAUAGAACCUUUGUACUUUUUGUUCAAACUUGUCAGCAAGUAGUUGAUCUAACUAUAUGGUAGUUUUGGAUACAAUGCCAUUAUAUAGUGCAAUACUAAGCACUUACUGUAUAGCGUGCAUUCUGGAACAAAACAGCAACGCUCUACAGUAUACAGUAAUACAGUCUAUACACCACAAACAACAGCCUUAAAAAUGACCAGAGUUGAAUCAAUAGCUUGUUGUCUCAAAAAAUGCAUUUAUAAGCAUCACAGAUGUAGUAAUGGGUUACAUGUGAUUGUACAGACAUUUAAUGUAUAUGUCAAACUCCUACCAUAUUUAUGCAAAUUCGAAACAGAGAGGGCUUAAACCAGUCCUUGCUGGGAGGCAGCGGUCUUAACCAUAAAAACGACAAAAUGGCAACUCUGCAGCUUUUCACCUGGUCAUGGAUUCUAAUACUAGCAAUAGCAGAAGUUCUCCUAGCCGUCAGUGCAAACUAAUGAUCUGAGAGUACAAAAAGGUGCUGCACAUUGUAUCAGAUCCUGUUUUUUUAUUUUUUUUAUUUGUCUUUGAAAGUAGUCAUUGGUGGACUUGUUACUUUUCAAUUAUAUACUAUACUGUGGACUGACAUUUUCCCAAAGAAAUGAAUGUAGGUUUUGAAACUUUUUUUGACUAAUGGGCCAUCAAAUUUCAAAGACUCGCUGCCAAAGAGAUAACAAAAUAAUAUAGAAGUUCAUUUUGUGUAUCUUAAUUAUGUGUACCAUCUCUUUUCUUCAUUUCUUUUUAAGGCAGAAACCAUUAUUUCAAUUACAAACAUACUCGAUUAUAAUUUUGUCUGGAGUUGAAUUUUGUACUGAAGACAUCUAUUGUAAAAAAAAAAAAAAAAAAGUGGCUUCAGAAUGCACUCAGACCUCUUUGGUUUAUUCAGAUUUUGUUAAAAACCUUUUUACUGUGUACCAGUGGGACCUUAUACACAGAUGUCUUGCCUACAUUUCUGCAUCAUGCCCAGUCAACUGAAUUUGACACAGGUGUACACCAUCAAGUAAAGACAAACAUCUGAAGUCUGACCCUAACAUACAAGAUGCAAUAUUCAGUUUGGGGUGUCACAGCUAAAUGUGUGAAUACACAUUAAAUAAAGUAUUUCUGUAUUUAAAUCUUAAUAAAUUUGCACUAAUUGCUUGUUCUACAAACAAAGUGUUUGUGGCAAAACAUUCUUUUGCUAGUUAGAAUUGUGGUUGAGGCAACAUCCCUUCCUUCCAUGCAGCAGAUUGCUUUUAACAGAUAAAGCAGUCCAACAGUGUAAGACAUCUGUGGUCAUGUCAGAGUCAUAUGUAAAAGUGAAAGAAAACUGUAGUUAAAAUGUACUUUGUUUACUUUCGUAAUUGUUUAAGAUCGUACAGCUCAGUUUCUGUCUCUUCUUAAAUUGAACUGACAGAAAUUCCAUGAGACCACAGUGCAAAUCACACAUUUAGUGUCAAUAA